GCCAGACGGGAGGGGAUCGAGGUGGAGGGGCUGGGUGUGGGGUUCCCUGGGCCUGCGGAGAGGCCGAGACUGGAGCGAUCGGACUUGUGUGCAAGAAGAGACGGCCCGAAGAGAAUUCCGGACCGGGAGACCCGCCUUCCCAGGCCCCGGCCACUCCCAGUUCCCCCAGCGACGGCUGCUUCCUGGUGCCCGACGCAGCCAUGGCUGAGGAACAGCCUCAGGUCGAAUUGUUCGUGAAGGCUGGCAGUGAUGGGGCCAAGAUUGGGAAUUGCCCCUUCUCCCAAAGACUGUUCAUGGUGCUCUGGCUCAAGGGAGUCACCUUCAACGUCACCACCGUGGACACUAAGAGGCGGACAGAGAUGGUGAAGAAGCUCUGUCCAGGUGGGCAGCUUCCGUUCUUGCUGUAUGGCACUGAAGUACACACAGAUACCAACAAGAUUGAGGAAUUUCUGGAGGCGGUGCUGAGUCCUCCCAGGUAUCCAAAGCUGGCUGCACUGAACCCUGAGUCCAACACAGCUGGUCUGGACGUAUUUGCCAAAUUUUCUGCCUACAUCAAGAAUUCCAACCCAGCACUCAAUGAUAAUCUAGAAAAGGGGCUCCUGAAAGCCUUGAAGGUUUUAGACAAUUACUUGACAUCCCCUCUCCCAGAAGAAGUGGAUGAGACUAGUGCUGAAGAUGAGGGCAUCUCUCAAAGGAAGUUUCUGGAUGGCAAUGAGCUCACCCUGGCUGACUGUAACUUGUUGCCUAAGCUUCACAUAGUGCAGGUGGUGUGCAAGAAAUACAGGGAUUUCUCCAUCCCUGAGGCUUUCCGCGGAGUGCACCGGUACUUGAGCAAUGCCUACGCUAGGGAAGAAUUCGCCUCCACCUGUCCGGAUGACGAGGAGAUAGAGCUGGCCUAUGAGCAAGUGGCCAAAGCCCUCAAAUAAAGCCCGUGUUCUCUACGAGGCCUUGGGUGGCUUCCUACCCAAUCAAUGGACACACUCCAAACUGGCCAGUGGGCUGAGAAUUGAGGCGCUUGUGCAGGGUUGGGGGUGGGAUAAGGGAUAAGAUUUUUAUUGUGGGUGGGUAGGACAACGCAUUUCAGUAAUAAAAUACGGAAUGGAAA